AUGUCUUCUCCCGCCUCCAACGUCUUCCAGGAGAUCCUCGGCUUCGACCCCAAGGUUCCUCUUGGUCUCCCAGUGCCGGCCAAGUCUAUCCCGCCGUCCGUGUGGGAUGGCAUGAAGCGCGUCUACGUUGAAGAUAACGCCAACGUCGCUCGUGGCAUCCACAAGCUCACCGGCGUUCACCUCCGUCUUCGUGUGAUCGCCAAGGAGGCUAUUCCUUUCAGCAUCCUUAAGGAGUACAAGACGGCUGCCCUUGAGCUCGUCUCUUACAUGUACCCUAAGCGUCGCCUCUACGGCGGGCAGAUGGCCUACACCGCUCUCAUUCAGAAGCAACUUCGCGUCAUGCACCCGGCGCUGAAGGUCUUCGUCGAGUUCUGCGGUGACAAGGACAUCGGGCUCGACGUCCCGGCGGAGGUCUCUUACCACCUCGCUUGGUCUGGCGAGGCGGUGAAAGCUCCCACCAUCCCCCUUCCUGCCGAUGCUGACCCGUUCGACGUCAGCUCGGCGUUCCAUAACAUUAAAAAGCUCGCUAAUGGGGCUUCGACUCAGGAGGAGGAGGCUCCUACUCCCAAAAAGCGUGGCAAGCAACCCAAGUCCCCCGCUAUCAUUUACGAUUCCGACGUGGAAAUCGUCGGUACUGAAAACGGCGGUCCUGGGGCUGCUUCUACUUCAACUUCGUCGACUCGUGGUGGCAAGGCCGUCGCUCGUGGUCGAGGUGGCCGCGGUGGUGGCCCUUCUCGCCCUCGUACCACCGCCGGUGCUUCUGCUGCCGUCGCUACUCAGCUGGGUAAGCGCGCUCGCGUUUCGCUCGACGCCAAGGCGCUCGAGGAGGUCAAUAAGAACGCUUUGACCUCCAAAUAUCCCAACCUGUUCCCCGACGGGAUGCUUGUCAAGACUGCCGACCACUUCGCCGUCAACAACGAGUGGGUCAAUGGUGUUCUGUCUCAAGUACAGAACAUCUUGGCCAACUACUCUGACGCUGUCAACGUCGGUUCGUCGACUCGUGCGACGCUGACUGACAUUCGCUCUGAGAUCCUCCGGCGGGUCCACCUUCUCAGUCUCGACGUUCGGUUCCUUGAAGUACUCUUCGCUGAGUAUGAUAGGAUCCAGGCCCAUCUGGAGAAGGAACUCCCUCCUCUUGAGGAGAAGGAUCUUCCUUCUUCUUCUGUGGAGUCUCCUGCUUCCCCUCCUCCUCUUGAGGCGGAUAGCACUCUUGGGGGCGACGUCGAUGCCGCCGGUGACGUUGACAUGACUGAGGCUUAG